CCUGUCGCCAUCCAGGCUUCUGCUGCAUCUCAUGCAAGCGCAUUAUAUGCAGGCUGACUUCCUAGGCCGGGUUGAGAGAAACCGAACGUGGCUGUCCUUCUAGGCGGGAACACCCUACAUGCCGGCUUCUGCAUUCAUUAUUUAUUCACUUAUUCGUCUCCUGUGAGGUGCGCAACGUCUCCUUCACCUUGCUGGACAGGACUUGAAAGCCUCCUCCUUCCCCUCCAUUUCAGUUUCCUUACAGUGGCGGAGCAGGAUGAUAGCCGCACAGCUUUUGGCCUACUACUUCACCGAGCUGAAGGAUGACCAGGUCAAAAAGAUCGAUAAGUACCUGUACUCCAUGCGCUUCUCCGACGAGACGCUGCGGGACAUCAAGAGCCGCUUCCGUCUGGAGCUAGAUAAGGGCCUGGGCCGUGACACCAAUGCCACUGCCACCGUCAAGAUGCUGCCCACCUUUGUCAGGUCCAUCCCUGAUGGCUCCGAGAAGGGGGAUUUUAUUGCCUUGGAUCUGGGAGGCUCUAAUUUCCGUAUCCUGAGAGUAAAAGUCUCCCAUGAGAAGAAGCAGACGGUGCAGAUGGAAAGUCAGAUCUAUGAAACUCCUGAAGACAUUAUUCAUGGCAGUGGGACACGGCUGUUUGACCAUGUUGCAGAGUGUCUAGGGGACUUCAUGGAGAAGCAUAAAAUCAAAGACAAGAAGCUGCCUGUGGGAUUCACCUUCUCUUUCCCAUGUGCUCACACUAAACUGGAUGAGGCUGUUUUGUUGACUUGGACAAAGCGUUUUAAGACUAGUGGAGUGGAGGGGAUGGAUGUGGUCAAGCUUCUUAACAAGGCCAUCAAAAAGCGAGGGGACUAUGAAGCAGAUAUUAUGGCAGUGGUCAACGAUACUGUGGGAACCAUGAUGACAUGUGGUUUUGAUGACCAGCGCUGUGAAGUUGGGAUCAUCAUUGGUACGGGCACCAACGCGUGCUACAUGGAGGAGCUGAGACACAUUGACCUGGUGGAGGGCGACGAGGGGAGGAUGUGCAUCAACACAGAGUGGGGAGCGUUCGGGGACGACGGCUCACUGGAGGACAUCCGAACUGAAUACGACAGAGAGAUUGACCGUGGAUCCCUCAACCCGGGGAAGCAACUGUUCGAGAAGAUGGUGAGUGGGAUGUAUAUGGGGGAGCUGGUGCGGCUCAUCCUGGUAAAGAUGGCCAAAGAGGGUCUGCUGUUCGAGGGCCGCAUCACUCCAGAGCUGCUGACCAGAGGCAAAUUUGAAACAAAGCAUCUGUCUGCCAUUGAGAAGACUAAAGAGGGCUUGACCAAAGCCAAGGAAAUUCUGACCCGACUGGGCGUGGAACCAUCGAUGGACGACUGCAUUGCCGUGCAGCACGUGUGUGCUAUUGUAUCGUUCCGUUCGGCAAAUCUCAUCGCCGCUACACUGGGUGGUAUCCUUAACCGCCUGAAGGACAACAAGAACGUCCCCCGACUCCGCACCACCGUGGGCAUUGACGGCUCCCUCUACAAGAUGCACCCACAAUAUUCCCGCCGUCUGCAUAAGACAGUGCGACGCCUAGUGCCUGAAUGUGAUGUGCGCUUCCUGCUCUCAGAAAGUGGGAGUGGCAAAGGUGCCGCCUUGGUGACAGCCUGGGCCUACCGAUUGGCUGAUCAGACACGCCAGAUCGCUGAGACGCUGGCGGAGUUCCGCCUUACCCAGGAACAGCUGAUGGAGGUAAAGAAGAGGAUGCUGACAGAGAUUCAAAAUGGCCUGAGCAAGAAUACUCAGAGCACGGCCACGGUGAAGAUGCUGCCCACCUAUGUGCGCAGCACCCCGGAUGGAACAGAAAAUGGUGAUUUCCUGGCUUUGGACCUCGGAGGCACAAACUUCAGGGUGCUUUUAGUGAAGAUCCGCAGUGGUAAAAAGCGCAUGGUGGAGAUGCAUAACAAAAUCUAUGCCAUCCCAAUCGAGGUGAUGCAGGGAACAGGAGAAGAGCUCUUUGACCACAUCGUCACCUGCAUAUCAGACUUCCUGGACUACAUGGGCAUGAAGAAGGCUCGCCUCCCCUUGGGCUUCACAUUCUCCUUCCCCUGCAGACAGACCAGCCUGGACGCUGGCAUCCUUGUAAACUGGACAAAGGGAUUUAAGGCCACGGACUGCGAGGGCGAGGAUGUAGUCAACCUCCUGAGGGAAGGGAUUAAAAGGAGAGAGGAGUUUGAUUUGGAUGUUGUGGCAGUGGUCAAUGACACAGUAGGCACCAUGAUGACUUGUGCCUACGAGGAGCCAACGUGUGAGGUCGGCCUUAUUGCAGGCACAGGCAGCAAUGCAUGCUACAUGGAGGAGAUGAGGAACAUCGAGACGGUGGAGGGGAAUGAGGGCAGGAUGUGUGUGAACAUGGAGUGGGGAGCGUUCGGUGACAAUGGGUGCCUGGAUGACAUAAGGACCCAGUAUGACACAGCUGUGGAUGAUUUAUCCCUCAACCCCGGCAAGCAGAGAUAUGAGAAGAUGUGCAGUGGGAUGUACCUGGGUGAGAUUGUGCGAAACAUCCUCAUUGAUUUGACAAAGCGUGGUUUCCUCUUCAGAGGUCAGAUCUCUGAGACGCUGAAGACUAGGGGCAUCUUUGAAACCAAAUUCCUAUCCCAAAUUGAGAGUGACCGUCUGGCGCUACUGCAAGUGCGGUCCAUUCUGCAGCAUUUGGGUCUGGACAGCACGUGCGAUGACAGCAUCAUCGUUAAGGAAGUGUGUGGGACCGUGUCACGCCGAGCCGCACGGAUCUGUGGAGCAGGGAUGGCUGCUGUAGUGGACAAGAUCCGGGAGAACCGAGGACUGGACCACCUGGACAUCACUGUGGGAGUGGACGGCACACUCUACAAACUCCAUCCUCAUUUCUCCCGGAUAAUGCACCAGACUGUGAGGGAUCUCGCCCCCAAAUGUAAUGUGAACUUCCUGCUCUCUGAGGACGGAAGUGGGAAGGGUGCCGCUCUGAUCACCGCCGUGGGAUGUCGCCUACGCGAGCAAGAACAAAAGAGCUGAGUCCCGCUAGGACGCGCUCUCCAGGUCCCCUCUGCCCUCGCCCAGGGCCAGAGAGCCUCCACCCAGGGCCAGAGGGCCUCCACCUAGCAGCCCCGACUGUGCUCCUCCAUCCACGGUGCAAGACAUCUUUCUGCCCAUGACCCAGAAACCAGGGCAUGGCAUCCUCCAUAUUUCCCAUUUCACUCCAGUUGAACUAACUGUAAUAUUGUUGACCUUUUACUAUGUCUAAAUUUAGUGUCCAUGUCUAAGUAUAUGUUUGUGUCAAGGAUGGGUUAUCCCACAGUACUAAGUCUAUACUAAGAAGAUAUAACUCUGCUGUAAACAUUUUUUGGAUGUAUAUUAGCAAAAGGGAUAAAAUGUCAAGGCAAAGUGGCAAGACCAAUUAUAUAUACAUAUAGGAAUAUAUUAUUUAUUUUAUUUUUGUAUUUGAUGGGUGCAUAGCAAGAAAAGCGUCUGAGGUAGCGUCUGACGAUACUUUGGGAAAAGAAGGUUCUGAGUUUGGUUGUGUUUAUGCCAUGUGUAUUUCAGAUCUGUUGCCCGCUGGCAUUUCUCUGACUGCUAGGUUACUGAGGGGUGGGGCUGGAGGUUGCAGCCACACCCACUCCUCUCUGAGGCUGGAGAGGUCAGAGAGGGAUGUCAUGCCAGUUCAUGCUCCAUUCAAGGCUGCCACCAAGUGCGUUGCUUUCAUACAUCCUGUAAUCUCAGCUUCUAAAUGGCCCCUCAAACCCAUACCCCCUAUGACCGCACAAGUCAAAGAAGAGAGAGACCUCAUGCCUUUGUCCAAGUCCUCUGGAAAAAACAAGCAUCUCUUUUGGUGCCCAGAGUUUUGAGAAGUUGCAGCAGACUGUACCUUACAUAAUUGCUUUUGUCUAAGUAGAUGAGAAUUGUCAGCAAUUGCAGUGUGCUGUGUAUAUCCGCAGAUAUGUCACUGGCCCCACAAAUAAUGGUGCAAAUCUCCAGUAAAUGUCCUUGUGUGUGUUCUGGCUGGCUGUUUGUGUGUGAUCCUGUAUAUUUACUGUGAUUGAACCUGUGCAGUGGCUCCAAGAUUGUAUGAUGAAUGCAUGCUUUAUUUGGUAACACAGGUCUAUUAUCUACCCAUUUUGUACAAUUCUAUAGGUGCACAGUAUUUAGAUGUUCGAUAGAAGAAAGUUAUUAAAGUAUUUUGAUGAGUUACGGCCAU